GUUUCUUCAAAAAGUUUUCGAUCGCCCGGGUUUACUGACAAUCCGGCUCAACACCACUCUCGAAGUGAAGUUGAUCAUGAUUUAACAAACAAACCAAAUUACGUGUUGGAAGUUCGAAUCAAAGGAAAGGUUGCAUUUGGAACUCAGUCAAUCAAUCAAUCCGCUUCAGGUACGAUCGUAGCACGAUGGACGGCAGUCAUAGGAUCCGACUUUCACAGAUUAACCAAAUUAAAUUUACAUCGAAGAAGCAUGUAUUCUAAACGACUUCGAAAUGAAGAAACAUCAAUUCCAUCGCCAUUUAUUCAAAAUCGUCAUGAAAAAGAUUCAAGACAAGAUAGUUUAGUGGUAGGUAGUAGAAAACAUACUGCGUCUGAAUUAGCAGGAGUUUUAUCGAAAUUUUCAGAUUUUCAAUUUCGACUUUCUUCAUCAAAUAAUCAAAAUGAAGAUGAACUCUCUAUCACACCUUCUAUAGAAACUGAUGGAUAUUCAAAUUAUAAUAAACAGAGUAAUCAAAAACUUGGCGUUAAUCAACAUCUUGGUGGUAAUAGUAGUAAUAGUGGUAGUAGAUCAUCAUCUGCCUCGCCACUUCCAUCACCUUCAAUUACGUCCUUUAGUCAACGUUUGAUUCGCUCUAUUUCUUCUACUUCAAAUACUCCUACAGAAACUAUCAAUGAUCAUAAUUCUAAGUUACAAAUCUCACCAGAUAAUUUAAAACGAAAAGAUAAAUUAUCACCUGGUCUUCAAUUAAAUACUAAUCGAUUUUUAAACCAUCAUAAUUAUAAAAGAUUAGAUGCAAAUAAAAAUCAAGAAGACAGAUUGAUGGUUAGUACGAGUUUGGUGCUAAGAAAUCCAGAAGAAAGGAUCAAGGUAGGUGAAAUCUUUUGGAUUGAAGUCGUUUUGGUCAACUCAUUUGAAAGAUUAAGAAAAACUGGCGCCUUUGAAGUCGGAGUGAUUGGAAAUGAAAUUAUCGGAUUAGAUGAUAUGAUGUUGAUAGGACCAUUAGAAGAAGGUGAAUCUGGUUCAGUAAGAAUUAGAUGUGUAGCUAUGAAAUCAGGAAUUUGGUCUGUUUCUGUGAUCAUGAGAAAAAGAAAUUUUAGAAAACAACAAAUUAGAUUGAUGGACGCUGUUUUGGUUGGAGUUGUAGCGUGAGAGUCAUACAAAGAGAUUUGCCUCUUGAAUGUUGUAUUCAUCAUCAUUGUUUUUAUUUAGAUGUUUAUUCCUCUGAAGGUAAUAAUUCCAAAGCAAAGGGUAUUUUAA